CCAGAAGACAAAACCCCUUCUCUCUCCUUCUCAAAACUCAAAAUCAAAAUAAAGCCAUGGAAGCGAUACUCACAGACUGUGUACAGAACAGUCUCCGCCAUUUCAUGUACCGAAACGCCAUUUUCCUCUGCGAGCGUCUCUGUGCCGAGUUCCCUUCCGAGAUGAAUUUGCAAUUAUUAGCUGCCUGCUACUUGCAGAACAAUCAAGCGUAUGCUGCAUAUAAUAUUCUAAAGGGAACGCAAAUGGCUCAAUCCCGCUACUUGUUUGCGAUGUCUUGCUUUCAGAUGGAUCUUCUUAGUGAAGCUGAAGCUGCAUUAAGUCCUGCUAAUGAGCCUGCUGCAGAGAUUCCAAAUGGAGCAGCUGGUCAUUACCUUAUUGGACUUAUUUACAGGUACACCGAUAGAAGGAAAAGUGCCAUUCACCACUUUAAGCAGGCCUUGUCUCUGGAUCCUUUACUGUGGGCUGCAUAUGAAGAAUUGUGUAUACUAGGUGCUGCUGAAGAAGCAACUGCUGUUUUUGGUGAAGCAGCUGCUCUUUGUAUUCAAAAGCAGUACUUACAUCAUGGAUCAACAUCCCAAAACUUGUACUCAAUCAAUGAGGAUCGUAACUUAGUUUCUUCUAAAAAUUGUGGUUCCGAAGAUGUGAGUCCAAGGCAAUUGAAAAACAUGCAAACUAAUAACCUGAGAGAUGUCCCUGGAAAUCAUCAUGGAGCAGCUAUGUUGGCUGGAGCUUCUAAUCAACCUUUAAAUGGUGGUGCUUCAAAUAUUUCAUUUUAUAAUACGCCUUCACCAGUGGCCACACAGUUGUCAGGUGUGGCUCCUCCGCCUUUGUGUAGAAAUGUGCAACUCAAUGGUCCAAACCUCAACACACUUGGUGCAGAUAGCUCUCCAAGGUCAACUGUGAACUCUACUAUACAGGCCCCUCGAAGAAAGUUUGUAGAUGAAGGAAAAUUAAGAAAGAUUUCUGGGAGGUUAUUUUCUGAUUCUGGCCCACGACGUAGUACGAGACUUGCUGGAGAAGCAGGAAACAACACAAAUGCGAGUGUCACAACAGUAGCUGGAAAUGGAACUAGCAACUCUUCUAAAUAUCUUGGAGGUUCCAAGUUGAGUUCUGUGGCGCUUCGUUCUGUAACAGUUCGUAAAGGACAGUCUUGGGCCAAUGAAAAUAUUGAUGAAGGGAUACGUAAUGAGGCUUUUGAUGAUUCUCGGACAAGUAUUUCUUCAACAAUUUCUAGUUCUCUUCCCUGUGGUGAAACUAGAACUGUUGCACAGGAAGGAUCAACUGUGCCAACUGGUGGGGUUUCCUUGAGUGGUUCUAGAGUAAUAAGUGGUACUUUAGAAAUAUUGGGCCUCUUGAGAAUUUUUGGGGAAGGCUACAGACUUUCCUGCAUGUUCAGGUGCCAGGAUGCACUGGAUACCUAUCUGAAACUACCUCAUAAGCAUUAUAUUACUGGUUGGGUGCUUUCCCAGGUUGGAAAAGCAUAUUUUGAAUUGGUAGAUUAUUUAGAAGCUGAUCGGGCCUUCAGUCUCGCUCGUCGGGCAUCACCAUAUAGUUUAGAAGGAAUGGAUAUAUAUUCAACAGUUCUAUAUCAUUUGAAGGAAGAUAUGAAGCUCAGUUACCUUGCACAGGAGUUGAUUACAACUGACCGCUUAGCUCCUCAAUCAUGGUGUGCAAUGGGAAACUGUUAUAGCUUGCAGAAAGACCAUGAAACAGCUCUUAAAAAUUUCCAGCGAGCUGUGCAACUGAAUCCAAGAUUUGCAUAUGGACACACGCUUUGCGGUCAUGAAUAUGUAGCUUUGGAGGAUUUUGAAAAUGGAAUCAGGAGCUACCAGAGUGCCCUUCGGGUUGAUGCUAGACAUUAUAAUUCGUGGUAUGGGCUUGGGAUGAUCUUUCUUCGCCAAGAGAAGUUUGAGUUUUCAGAGCAUCACUUUCGAAUGGCUUUCCAAAUAAAUCCACGUUCUUCUGUUAUAAUGUCUUAUCUUGGAACUGCUUUGCAUGCCUUAAAGAGAAGUGAAGAGGCUAUUGAGGUGAUGGAGAAGGCUAUAUUAGCAGACAAGAAAAAUCCUCUUCCCAUGUAUCAGAAGGCUAAUAUACUUGUGAGCUUGGAAAAUUUUGAAGAAGCCUUAGAAGUCCUAGAGGAACUUAAAGAGUAUGCCCCUCGUGAAAGUAGCGUGUAUGCAUUGAUGGGUAAGAUCUAUAAGCGGCACAAUAUGCAUGACAAAGCCGUGCUUCACUAUGGUCUUGCUUUGGAUCUGAAACCUUCUGCAACUGAUGUUGCUACCAUUAAGGCUGCCAUCGAAAAGUUGCAUGUACCAGAUGAAUUAGAAGACGACCUAUAAAUCAACUUGCUUGAGAUGUCCAGAGAAAGAGAACAUGUAAAUUGUCCGGCCCCAGGGAAUUGGCCUACUUGUGCUUUCGAUGAGUAGUGGAUAAAUUAGCUGAAAAAUUUCUGGAAGCAUAUUCGUGCGGGCACCUUCUAACCUGUGAGAGUAACCUUAGUUUUGUAGGUAAUUCGCAUACUAAUGGAACAAAGGUAGUAAAGCUGCCACACUUGUAUGAAUAGUUAUAUUACUUUACAUUCUUUAAAGAAAAAGGCUUGUGUCAUUAGUUUGUA